AGAACAUCGCCGUAAUAGCUAGAGGGGGGGCGUGUGAUUCAACAAUAGACACCGAUAAAUAGUUAUAUUUGUUUUUUUUCUUUUUUUUUUUCUAAUAUGUUGUAAUCGAAAUAAAUUCUGGAAAUCAUGCACUGCCUUGCCUCAGCAUCGAACUAACGACAACUCUGGGUCUAAAGAAAUGGGGAAGUUCACCAGCUGUGUGUUUCAUAUUGCCAAUGAACGGCACGGCUAUUGGCCCGGCGAACAGAUUGAAGGUAAAUAAAUCUGCGUGAUAACAUAAUGUACUAAUUUUAUAAGAGAGGAGUUCCGUUGUAUCACAAAUAAAUAAUUCUCGAAAUAUGGAUGUGUGGCUGUAACGAUGUGUGGUCAAUAGGCGCGCAAAACAAAAUUCCCCUAAGUUCGCUCUAAUUGGGAUUCUUAUAAAGUGAGUUACUUGAAUGCAAGUUUCGUCAAGUAACCGACGUAGAUGGGAAGUUCACGCAUUGCCAACAACUUUGUUUGUGAGUGUGUGUGUUUGGGGGGGGGGGUAAUUUCUAGAAAGAACAAUAGUUUUCUGGUACAAACAAACCACUGAAAAUGUUUUAUCAAACUGGUAUGAUUCGAUUAUUAAAUUUUCUUAUUUGUGUUUAUUUUCACACGUUACUCAUUAAAAAAGAUAAAGUCAAUUAAAUAUUUUGAGUGAAACUUUGAUAAUUUCUAGAAAUAAAUCUAUCUGUUUGCUAGUUCUAAUUUCCACCAUUAAGCCGAUGUCAAGGCAUAGUUUAUGUCAUCUAGAAUGUCAAUUGGGCGUUUGUUUUAAAGACAUGAAAUGUGAAAUGUGUCAUAAAUCAAUGAGUUGUUUCAUGUUUCAUAAAUAGAUAAGUUAUUUCAUAUGUUUGUAAUCAUUUAGUUAUUUAAUGUGUCAGUAAUCAAUGAGUUAUUUCAUGUGUCAGUAAUCAAUGAGUUAUUUCAUGUGUCAGUAAUCAAUGAGUUAUUUCAUGUGUCAGUAAUCAAUGAGUUAUUUCAUGUGUCAGUAAUCAAUGAGUUAUUGCAUGUGUCAGUAAUCAAUGAAUUAUUUCAUGUCUCUGUUGGUGUUUUUUUUUUUUUAAGUGUUUGUGUUAAUUGUUUUGUUUAAAUUAGUCUUGAAAUGAAUAUCCCUUUUUUUUUUUCAACUCAGGUCAAGUGUCCAUUGAACUCACCAAAGAUGUUCGAGUCAGCGGCGUCUUCAUCUUCCUGUUUGGCGGCUGCCAAAUCAACUGGCACAGAAGUGAUUCCGACAUCGGGUCCGAAACCUACCUCAACAGGUACAUCUCUAUUUUCGGCAACAAACCCAAGGAAGCAGCGGGACAUUACUCUCUCACCGCAGGACAACACGUCUUCCAGUUUUCCUUCACAAUGCCUUCAACAGGGCUUCCGUCGUCAUUUGAAGGCUACUACGGCUGCAUCAGGUACUGGCUCAGGCUGAACUUCGAGCUCCCAUUUCCAAAACUGGAUAAGACGUGGACUCACUACAUUUCUGUUGUGUCUAGAAUCCCCGUGCACACACCGCACGGUUUGCUCCCGGUGACUGCCAGGAAUGAGAAACAAGUCUCAAAGGCUUUCGGCAUCGGGAAUAUCGGCAAGAUCACAUUAGACGCCUCAACUAAUAAGUCAGCCUUCUGUGCAGGGGAGACGAUUCUUGUUGAACUGGUAGCGCAGAAUGAGACCAGCAAAGAUAUGGGUGUGGUCAGGGUGACUCUCGUGCAGAGGGUCACGUAUUCCACAGGAGGGUUCAAACAUGUGUCUGUUCCCAAAGAUCUGAGGACCAUUCAGUCGACGAAACUUCUCGCGGGUCAAGUGAUACGCUGGGAGGGGGAACCGCUGGAGAUUGACCUAGUUCCGCCCAGCAGCAGUACUCCCAACAGCAGCCGUCUGCUGAACGUGCAGUACUAUGUCAAAGUUGUUGUGGAGGUUCCGUUGGGUUUCAACCUGGACAUUCGCCUGCCAAUCACGAUAGGGACGGUGACUCCAAGCGGGGCGGGCUUCGUCAAGUGUUCCCACGGGUUCUCAAAGUUCCCAUACUGCAACGGCAAUUAUGAAGUCACCGAUUACGUCCCAAGCACAGUUUGCAUUGAUGUCAGCGAAGGUGGUACAGAAAGAGCUCGCGCGACCCGAUGUAAAUCUGUCGAGGGUACCCACGAUGAAUAUCGUUUAGGAGAUCAAACCAUGAAGCUGUUAGGACCUUUAGGGCAUCUUGAAGAGGUUGCUAUUGACAGUGAUCAGAUCAGUGGAAGUCACAACAUUUAUGGCGCCACUGCUUCCCCAAAUGAUCUGACGGAAGACGCGCCUCCGAGUUACGAUGAAGUAGUUGGUGGUGGGGAGUUCGAAGAAACUUUUGACCACAAAGGGUCAAUUCUUUUAAUUCGCUUUCCCCUGCGCGAUCUUAAAUCCGUCAAAAGCUUUUUGAUACGACAUAGGGAAUCCCUGAAACCGUUGGAUGGUCACAUGAUCAACUUCAGCCCAUCGCCAUUUCUGAGAUAUUUCCACUUUCCUUGGCCCCAGCUGACGUCCGCAGCUGUCUUCUAUUUCGGCACACAAGAAAAGUCUGAGAAAUGGCUGGAUCAGCUGGUCACAGCUGAACCAUUACUGACCAGCACCUGGUCGGCUAUUAUAGCAGAAAACAGCACAAGGAUACAAAGGCCGAAUUUACAACAUCAGACCCUACAAAUUACCAUCACCAUGUUCAAAAAGCUUGCGAAAUCAGAGCAACAGCCACAGAGUGGCCAUGACAAAUUUUAUCGCUCUUCGAGAGAAGAUCUAGGCAGACUAGUAGUGUAUUCCGUGAAACCCAAGUUUCUUCUCGGACAUUGGUCUGAGCACAACGGUCACUAUCAACCUAAGUACAACGUUCAGUAUCAAAAUGAGGCAGAACAUUUGACAGGAAAGGUACACGACAAAUUAAGCACACAUACAAAUUUUGAACAGUCUGAGAAAAAAGCUGGCAACCUCACGUUUCCCGAACGUGUUGAGCUGGUUGCCCCAGUCACGCGUGGCGUCUCUGAGCCUGUCCUGUCUGGGGAAAUUAGAGGCAUUCAGUCUAUCAGCAUAAACUCAGAGUACAUAAAUUGUGAGGAGGACACGGCUGUGACUCCUGCACUAGGUUAUCCAACUGCUUGCCAUGUGGCAGUCGAUCUGAUAGAAGACAGCAUGGCGGACAUGAACUUAGUUCCCAGAGAGGAAGAACCCGAGACAGUGGUCAGUGUUGUCUGCUAUCAAUAUCCAGAUAUGACCAAAUACUUGGACCUUGCGGCCAACGUUUUCGACCAGGAGCUUCCCGAGACACUGGAGAAAGCUGAACUUCUCGGGAUGAGCGUCACCUCCGUUAUUUUACCAGGAAGAUCUUUGUGGUAGUGUGUUCACUGUGGUAGUUUGUUCACUGUGGUAGUGUGCUCACUGUGGUAGUUUGUUCAUUGUGAAAGCAUCAUUUUUGUUGUUAAUAUAUGUUGAUUGUUGAUUCAUUGCAAAUUUUAUGUCAUUGUGCUUGCCAUAUCAUUAUGAUAAAUAUGUGAUGUGUGCUUUUAUUUUUAGGACACGUGAAACCGAUCUGUUACAUGAAUGACGAUGAACGGGGCCUGAACGUGUUCAAUUCCCCUGAAGACAUUCUUUGAAUGCAUGAUUACAUACAAUCUUGUUCAUGUCUUACUCUUUGGUGUAAUGACAUCAUGAGGGUGAAGUGGUUGUAUCAUAGGCCGAUAAUGCUAUCAGAGAGAAAGAGAGAAAAAGAGAGAGAGAGAGAGAGAGAGAGAGAGAAGGAGAGGGAGAGAGAGAGAGAGAGAGAGAGAGAGAGAGAGAGAGAGAGAGAGAGAGAG